AUGACAAGCCGUGUGCCUCCUUCAUCCGCAUCACAUGUGCAAAUGAUGCUACUGUCUCUCCAGCGGGAUUCCGAUUUAACCUGGAACAAGCCGAGACUUCUCUUUCUUAAAAUCACAGGGAACGAGGAGCCGGCAACUACACCAAUCGAAAUAGCAAAAACCCUGACACGGCUGCCCUAUAACGUACGAGAGUUAAUGCUCAACGCUAUUGAUACGAAAAACCGAACACGAACCGACUCUCAAAUUUGGACGAUAGCAAAUCUCUGGACUUGGUCUAAGAAAAGCUCCGGUGAGAACAGCAACGAGGAUCCGGCGGAGACCCUGCAGGAUGUUAUUGCCUAUCUUACCCUGGUUCAAAGUGAGGAACUUCCAGGGUACGCCGAAACCAAAUAG